UUGGAGAACAACUAUACUGGAGAUGAACGACUAUAACAGAUCAGGCAGAUCUUCUAGAUCUUCAUCAUCAUCCAACCGAACUUAGACCUGCUUAUAGCCACCAGAAUGAAGGUUUUCCACUGAUUGGAUGAAGACCUGCAUUGUGCAUUAGAUUAGAUCAGAUUAUCAGAUCUGAUAAUCCUAGAUCCUAGACUGAUGAUCCAGGUCCAGACGUCUACAGCUCUGGAUCAUCAUCUGAGAAUCUAAAGAUCUGAGGAUCUAAGGAAUUAAAUAUCUUCUCCAGAAGGAGGACAUCUCCACCAUGUUCGGCCCAGGGCAGCUCCUCUCCUCUCUGGGCGCCGGCAUCCUCCACUCCCCAGCAGCUCACUUCUUCCCAGCGUUUCCCAGCAGACUGGCUCCUCCUCAGCUCCUGAUCCCAACUCCACUGCUCAGCUACGAGCUCCUGCGCUCCUACCUGCACCCCGAGCCCUGCAAACAGGCCCUGCUGCUGGCGACACAGGCGGCGGGCAUGGUCCACCUCUCUGAGAGCAUCGAUGAACCGCGGCCAGUGAAGCAGCGGCGGGCCCGGGCCAACUACAGCAGCUGGCAGCUGGAGGAGCUGGAGAAGGCCUUCGAGAGCACACACUACCCCGACGUCUUCAUGCGGGAGGCCCUGGCCCUCCGACUGGACCUGAUUGAGGCCAGGGUGCAGGUAUGGUUCCAGAAUCGCAGGGCGAAGAUGCGCAGGCAGAUGAAGCUGCAGGGCCAGACUGGAGAGCUGUGUUCUGGCAGGGAGGCUGAGUCCAGGCAGCCGGUGUCGUCCAGCAGGGGCCCGGAGAAGGACAGCAUCCAGGUUUCAUGCUGGGACAGGAAGCAGGAGAAGAGCAGCCCCUCGUGGCCGAAGCCGCCCCCAUCCGCCGUGAGCAGCGGCCCCGCGCCCCUGUCCGAGCGCCCCAGCCCGGAGGACUUCCGCUCCUGCAGCAUCGCCGAGCUGAGGGCCAAGGCCAGGGACUACGAGGCCGAGAUCCACAGCGGCGUGGCCAAGGCCAGCAGGGAGCAUCUCACAGCACACACCCCACAGGUGUUCUCCGCGGACACCGACAGCGACUGAUGAAGAGCUGCCAGCUGCGGAAACGUCUGAAUUCCUCCAAUACCCUCUUAUUUAUUAUCACCUCAUUAUCACAUCGUGCGGAUGUUCACUCACGGGGAUUAAAUAAUGCCAGGGUGAGACUCAAAACAAGAACACACGCCUGUAAAUCACCGGCUCUCAUUAACUCCCAACAUCCCUGAUCCAACUGUAGCUACUGACACUUAUGAUUUUAUUACGACUUUCAUCAGUAAAUGUGGAUAUUCUCUGUGUUAUUUUUGUCAGUAUUUAAUGAUAGCGUCUUCCUGUUGUGCUUUAAUGAUGUUUGACAUGUUAGUAAGGUAAAAACCUGAGCUGUCACCAAUGAUGAUCAAAGAAAUAUACCAAUUAUAUGUGAGCAAUCAUAAAAUAAUAA